CCGGUGAUGGCGGCGGGCGGCAGUGACCCGCGGGCGGCAGACGUGGAGGAGGACGCCUCGCAGCUCGUCUUCCCCAAAGAAUUUGAGACUGCAGAAACCCUGCUCAAUUCCGAGGUGCACAUGCUGCUUGAGCACCGCAAGCAGCAGAACGAGAGCGCGGAGGAUGAGCAGGAGCUGUCAGAAGUGUUCAUGAAAACCUUGAACUACACAGCACGCUUCAGCCGCUUCAAAAACCGUGAGACCAUCGCCAGCGUGCGCAGCUUAUUGCUCCAGAAGAAGCUCCAUAAGUUUGAAUUGGCAUGUUUGGCUAACUUGUGUCCUGAGACAGCCGAGGAAGCAAAAGCUCUGAUUCCUAGCCUGGAGGGCCGGUUUGAAGAUGAAGAAUUACAACAGAUUCUCGAUGAUAUUCAGACUAAACGCAGCUUCCAGUAUUAAGGUUAAUCUUCAGCCCCUUUAUCUGAGCAGAAAACCCUGAGGACUUGGGCUGUUUCUGAGCCCUCUGGAUCAGUGCAGCUCCCAGCUGAGCGAGGGUGGUUGUGGAUGCAGGGUACUCCAGUGCUGUGUUGCCACAGGUGCAUUCAGACUGGAGAUCAGCAUUGUCUUUUUGGUUUGUUCCAUGUGUAUGUUGGCAAGGACCCCUUGUAUUAUGAGAGCAAAGAACCUGAAAGGCCUUUUCCCAGUGGCUCAAGUAUUUUUUUCUUCCCUAAUCCCUCUCUCCAGUUUGUAAAUUUUCAACAUUUUUGGUUUUUAGCAGAAAUAUAGAUGUGAUUUCGUGUUUUUUAGGAACUUCUAAAGGAUGCGGAAACUUGUUCUUGGUUCUCAGAAGGUUCAGUGAUGGGCAGCAUCAAUUUCUGUGGUUUUUUGUUUGUUUGUUUUAUUGUUUGAUAGGGACAGUGAUUUUUUACAGCUUCAAUAUUUUUCUAUUAUUGUUUAGUGUAAAUUAAAAGAUGUUUUAAUUAAA